AUAUCAUUUAAAAUUAAUUUUAUUUAAAUUUUAUCCCAUUAAAAUGGUGGAAUUGGAGAAAUCAUACAAAGUAAAUGCCUAUAUGAGUAAAUACAAUUAAUUGAGUGGGCCGUAGAAAGGAAUGAAAGAAGGCCCAUUGUGAUGUUUGAAGCCCAACAACUGCGGCCCCCAACCCAUGUUUACCUUUCUUUUGUCCAAAUCCCACCAAUCAAUCAAACUUCCUAAUUUUCAAUCCCCAGCUAGCUACGAGUAAACCUCUCUCUCUCUCUCUCUCUCUCUCUCUCUCUCUCAAAUUCGACGCACAGCGGCAGAUCAGAUCAGCAAUUCGUCGGCGAUGGCGAAGAGAACCGGUGCGCCGGGGAUGAUAGGUUUCGACGGCGUCCGGCGGAGAAGAGCCGUAGAAUCGCUGCCGCCGCCGUCGGUGUUGACUCGCGCUGUGAGCUCCGUUUUCAGCUUUGUCCGCUUCGCUGAAUUCGAGAUCCUCUUCGUUCUCUUCUUCCUCACGGCUUUCGUCAUCUUCAAAGAUCUGACCUCAAGACCUGAAUACAAUGAUAUCAUGGUGAAGAAGCCCGGUGGCCGCGAUUGGUGGCCCCACUAGACUAGUUCCAAUAUUUUUAUUUUUAUUUUUAUUUUAAAGGGGUAGUUCCAAUGUUACGAGAUUACUAUGAUUUUGGAAUAAAUAGUUUUUUUUGUUUUUGUUUUUUUCCCUUGAAGAUUGUAACCAUGUAAAAUAUAUUUGCAUGAAUCCGAUUACAGUAUGGUGUAGUUUCACAAA